UCCCUGUCCGUUCCUUGCUUUCACAUCCAACGAUACCACCCAACAUACAUCAUUAAUACUUUCUCUGCAACUAUGCACUCGACGUCUUCAGUUGCAUUUGCACUAUUCUUCGUCUGCGCAUGCACUCCGUCCCAUGCUACAACUACCGAAAGACCGGGGGCUUCAGGAAACGGCAUUGUCAGACGCCAGAUGAUGGGAGGAGCAUUUGGCGGCAGAAACAACCCGUUCCAGGCGUACUGGUACCAAGGAAUUGUACCUGGUCAGGGCCUGCCCCAGAUAGGCAUGAGUGCAUACGGCUAUGGGCUUCCAGGGUUCGGACUGGAAGACUACCUUGCUCCGGGUGCAGCCAUCCUAGCCGGCGCUGGUGAGGGUGAGAUUGACAACAAGGACCUGGACCGUCUAGACAAUCAGGUCCAUGGACUCGAUGCUAUCAAGGGCGAGGGGUACGGCAACGCUGUACACGGUGACCCCGACUACCCAGGGCACUUCAAGGACGAAGACCGCUACGAUGACAGGCAUGAUGAUGACGACGAUGGUGGUCAUCACCACCAUUACCACCAUUACCGCUACAACACUGCUUCACUGCAGACGCGUGGAAGUAGCCGGUCCAUAGUAACCGGCGUGCUAUGCACUGUUGGGCUGGCUGUUCCUGGCCUGAUACACUGAUGUUGGCUGCAUCGCGUACAGAUCACAGAACGCAUAUGCAUGCUGAUGCAGCAUGACUUUAUCCACCUCCAAACCGAGCGGUCCUGGACUGCUUUUUAAUCUUUCUGGCCCACAGCUGAUUUUGUGAGUCACAGUCGCUCGGGCCGCAUUUAUAUCUUGCUCACAAUAUAAUUU